GUCAAUUCAGAAACGUUUCUUGGAAGAUAUACAUAUUACUGUGCGCUAUUUUAUUCAAAAAACCUCUCUGGUACGAGCGCUUUCAACCAACCAGUCAGCAGUCACCCAUGACCCACCCGCCGGAUUUCUAAAGGAUCCGGAGAAAGCAAGCCAUGACCAAGAAGAAGAAGUGUUUGAGUAGCCCCAGUCCCAUAAAACAGAAGUUUGCUUCCUUUGACUUCGCUGAAGAAGACGAGCGUGUAGAAAUGGAAGCGAAGAUGGCAGUCUCAAAAUUCAAAAAAAAGCAAAGCCCUCAGAAGCACCACUCCCCCAUUUCAAAGUUCACUUUCCUAAGUUCAUUUACUAGAGGAGAAAGGAAUAAGAAAAAUGAGAUUGUGAAUGAAGUUGUUGAUAUCGACUCUUCUCAUGGUCACACGGAUGAUGGGAUCAUCAAGUGUGAUAGAGUUGAGCCAUCUGGUUCUUCUGACCAACAGUCAUUGGAUAUUGAUCACACUGAGUAUCAUGAGGUGGAGAGUUCCUCUAAUGAAGCUACACCCAAUCCAGCCAGACGUUCAGGCAUUGUGAUUGAUGACAAACAUUUACCUCACAGCCGUAGUCCUCAAUUCCCAGCUGACAAUGAGCCAGUUAUUGUAGAUUCAGAUGAUGACUCUGUGAGUGGGUCGAGGUCUUCAAAAUCAUUUUCCAUUGGACAGUUUCAGGGUUUGCUAGAGGAACAACCAUUGAAGUGCAGCUCUCAUGUACAUGUCAGUGAAGAUUCUGUGGUUGUUACCCCUGAUCAUAUUAUAUAUGGGAGUUUUUGUUCCACGAGUUGUAGUUUGGAAUUUUCUUCGAAACACAUUCAACUCAAUGCUAAAUGCAUUUCUGAGACGAGGACGCGAACAUUUAAAUGGAUGGUUUCUGAUAUUGUCUGCAUCCAGUCAAUGUGGUGUGAUGUCAUGAGAACAGCUAGUCUGUAUCUUCACCUGAAAUCUGAGAGUCAGAGAACAUCAGAUGUUGAGAUAUUGGCAAUUACUGUUUACAAUCCUCGUUGGUCUGUCACACAAGAAGCAAUUCAAUCACUGGACAUCAGCUAUAAGGCUAAAUGGAGAACUGCUGGGGGUGAGACCAAACAAAAUGAAUUAGCUGCAGGGAAUAAAAGUCCUGAAGAACCCUUUCAUGAAAUUAUUUAUCCUAAAGGUGAUCCUGAUGCUAUUUCCAUUAGUAAGCAAGAUGUUGACCUACUUCGACCAGAGACAUUCAUCAAUGAUACUAUCGUGGAUUUUUACAUUAUGUAUCUUAAGAGUAAUAUCCCUUCAGAGAAGAAGCAAAUGUUCCAUUUCUUCAAUUGUUUUUUCUUUCAAAAGCUGAUUGGUCUGGAUAAAGAUCCAUCUCAAGCUUGUGAUGGAAAGUCAGCUUUUCAGCGCAUUCGCAGAUGGACAAUGAAAGUUGAUAUUUUCAAGAAAGGUUACAUUUUUAUUCCAAUAAACUUCAGUCUUCACUGGAGUUUGAUUGUCAUCUGUCACCCUGGGGAAGUGGCUGACUAUCGAGAUGAUGAAAUGGAGACGUCGUCCCGGGUCCCUUGUAUCUUGCACUUGGAUUCUCUAAGAGGAAGCCACAAGGGGCUCAAUAAUCUCUUUCAAAGUUACUUGUGCGAAGAGUGGGAAGCUAGACAUGGUGGUUUGCAGGAUGAAAAUAUUCGUAGGAAGUUCUUGAAUCUACAGUUUAUUCAUCCCAAGCUACCACAACAGGAUAACUUGUUUGAUUGUGGCCUGUUUUUGCUUCACUAUGUUGAACUUUUUGUGGAGCAGGCUCCGAUCAAUUUCAACCCAUUUAGACUUUCACCUGAAUAUCUAAGCAAGGACUGGUUCCAGCCUAAAGAUGUGUCUCAAAAGCGUGACUGCAUCAGGAAUUUGAUUUAUGAAAUUCUAAAACAAAACCGCAAUGAUUGUUCAACUGAUUAUGAUUACAAUUAUUCUUGUAAUAGUACAUUUAAGGAACAUGCAAGCGUGGAAGUCAUUGAUUCUGAAGUUCAAAUUAUGUCUCCACCCCAAAUGCAUGUUGAUAACAUUAAGUUUGCCGGACUAUCGGAUGCUGUGUCAACUCCAUGUCAUUCCAUCAUCAGCAAUUAUAUGAAUUCUGGAUUGGAGAAGCUGACAAAUCAUGUGGAUAAAUUUAUGUCACCAAUAGAGGAAGAAGAAGACGAGAUAGAAGAGUUUAUGGACAUCUCUCCAGCAGUAAAAGAGAGGAACCCGCAGACUGAACUUCUAGCAUUGUUGUCCCCUACAAAUGAGAGAAAACUUCCCUUUCCCUUCCCAAUAAGGUCAUCACCAUCAUCACAAUGUUCAUGUGUGGAACCAGCAGAGUGGAUUGUUCUCGAUUCUCAGGACGAGAACACCAGCUGCGAUGAUGAUUCACCAGAACGUUCUUUCCAACGGAAGGCAAUAAACAAUUCUUCCUUCUGCAACAUAGAGAUUGACUCCACUGACGAUGAAGCAAAUCAUAUUCAGAAAGAAGAAAAAGCUGCAAUAAGGCCUGAAGUAAUUUACGCUUCUGGUUCUAAAAUCAGAAAAGAUGAGUGGAAGCGUGCGGAACUCCAUCAUGAUGACUUGUUCGUUGAAGACUCAGAAGAUGAUGAAGAUACCAUUCCCAGAAGCAAUUGUCAGUUGAGGAAAACCAUAGUACAUCUAUCAGAAGACUUGCAUACAAAACAAUUUUAUGAAUGAUUAUUAAUAUAAAAUAUAUACGUGUGUGUAUAAUAUACUCCGUAUUUGUAUAUAGUUAAGCAAGUGCAUUUAAGACUAAGGUGGUGCUUCUGGGAGAUUGAAGCAUGAAAAUUUGAGCAUUUUGAGGUUAUUUUCUCAUUUGAUCUUUUUGUAAGUAUAUUGUGUUCCCUUUUCUUUGAAGAUGACGUGUUAUU